GGGGUUUGGCGGCGGGCUGGCGCACUGGGCUGGUCCCUGGCGUGGGGGGACAGGGACGCGGGGCACGGCGCGCACCGGUCAGGCGAUCGAUCGCGGGUGCUCCCCUUCCGUGGCCUGGUGGGGUCGGCGCGGCCUGGCCGCCGCGGGAGCCGCCUUCGCCCCCGGAUGAGCCGAGGAGGGUGGGCCGAGCGAGUCGGAGCGGGUCUUGGCGCCCGCAGUCCCCGGCCGCAGCAGCGCGACGCCCCCAUCCCCGGAGCCGGGGCUGGCAGGCCUGGGGUCCUGAGGCUGCUGGCAGACUAUGGGUACAACGGCAAGCACAGCCCAGCAGACAGUCUCAGCAGCUGCUCCCUUCGAGGGCCUGCAGGGUAGUGACACCAUGGAUGGCAAGCAGUCGCUCAGCGUCCACUCCUUCCACACCACCAGCUUGCACAACAGCAAAGCCAAGUCCAUCAUCCCUAACAAGGUGGCUCCUGUUGUGAUCACGUACAAUUGUAAGGAGGAGUUCCAGAUCCACGAUGAGCUGCUCAAGGCCCAUUAUAGGAUGGGCCGGCUCUCAGAUGCCACUCCUGAGCACUACCUGGUGCAGGGCCGCUACUUCCUGGUACGGGACAUCACUGAGAAGACGGACGUACUGGGCACCUUGGGAAGCUGUGGGGCCCCCAACUUCCGGCAGGUGCGAGGUGGGCUCCCUGUGUUUGGCAUGGGGCAGCCUAGCCUCUUGGGAUUCAGUCAGGUCCUUCAUAAACUACGGAAGGAUGGGCACAAGGAGUGUGUCAUCUUCUGUGUACGGGAGGAGCCAGUGCUGUUCCUGCGUGCCGAGGAAGACUUCCUGUCCUAUACACCUCGAGAGAAACAGAACCUUCAUGAGAAUCUCCAGGGCCAAAGGCCGGGGGUUGGGGCUGAAAGCCUGGAGCUGGCCAUCCGGAAAGAGAUCCAUGACUUUGCCCAGCUGAGUGAGAACAUGUACCGUGUAUAUCACAACACAGAGGACCUGAGGGGGGAACCACACACUGUGGUCAUCCGGGGUGAGGAUGACAUACAUGUGACAGAGGAGGUGUAUAAGCGGCCACUCUUUCUGCAGCCUACCUACAGGUAUCACCGCCUGCCCCUGCCAGAGCAAGGGGCCCCUUUGGAAACCCAGUUUGAUGCCUUUGUCAGUGUCCUUCGGGAGACUCCCAGCCUACUGCGGCUCCAUGGUGCCCAUGGACUUCCCCCUGCCCUCCUCUUCAGCUGCCAGUCAGGCGUGGGUAGGACCAACCUGGGCAUGGCCCUGGGUACCCUGGUACUGUUCCACCACAGCAGGGCUGCCUCCCAGCCAGAAGCACCCUCCUUGUUGACCAAACCCUUGCCCAUGGAGCAGUUCCAAGCCAUCCAGAGGUUUGUCCAUAUGGUACCCCAAGGAAGGAAGAUGGUCGAGGAGGUGGAUAGAGCUGUCAGCGCCUGUGCAGAGUUGCAAGACUUGAAGGAGGAAAUCCUGAAUGACCAGAGGAAGUUGGAAGGCGAGAGCCCAGAGAAGGGAAGUGGCAGCCAGCAUGCUGUCCAACGGAGAGCGCUGAGGAGCCUAGAGCGAUAUUUCUACCUGAUCCUGUUUAACUACUAUCUCCAUGAGCAGUACCCCCUGGCCUUUGCCCUCAGUUUCAGCCGUUGGCUCUGUGCCCACCCCGAGCUGUACCGUCUGCCUGUGAUGCUGAAUCCAUUGGGGUCUGUAGCCCCCAGGGACCUCAUCGCCAAUGGCUCCCUGGAAGCAGAUGAUCUUGUUUCCCUGGACGCUCUCAGCACCGUCAGAGAGAUGGACGUGGCCAACUUCCGGCGUGUGCCCCGCAUGCCCAUCUACGGCACAGCUCAGCCCAGUACCAAGGCCCUAGGCAGCAUCCUGGCCUACCUGUCUGACACCAAGAGGAACCUGCAACAGGUGGUCUGGGUCAACUUGAGGGAGGAGGCCGUGGUGGAGUGUGAUGGUCACACACACAGCCUGUGGCCACCCGGGCCACCCUUGGGCCCUGAGCAGCUGGAGGCCCUGGAGGCUCAGCUGAAGUCCCACCUGAGUGUCCGUACCUCCGACACCAAGAGCCUCAAGGUUCCCAGGUUCCAGAAGUGCUUCACCAUGAGGGAGGUCUUCAGUCAACACCAAGGGGCCUAUCUGGGCCUUACCUACCACCGCAUCCCUGUGCCAGACUUCUGUGCUCCCCGAGAGGAGGACUUUGACCGGCUGCUGGAGGCCCUGUGGGCUGCCCUCACCAGGGAUCCAGGCACAGGGUUUGUGUUCAGCUGUCUCAGUGGUCAGGGUCGGACCACUACUGCCAUGGUGGUGGCUGUGUUAGCCUCAUGGCACAUCAGGGGCUGCCCUGAGGUGGGCGAGGAGGAGCUGGUGAGUGUGCCUGAUGCCAAAUUCACCAAAGGCGAGUUUCAGGUGGUGAUGAAGGUGGUGCAGCUGCUGCCAGAUGGCUACCGUGUGAAGAAGGAGGUGGACACGGCAUUGGACAUAGUCAGCGAGACCAUGACGCCUAUGCACUACCACCUGCGGGAGAUCAUCAUCUGUACCUUCCGCCAGGCAAAGGCUGCCAAAGAGGCACAGGAGGCACAGAGGCUGCAGCUGCAGAGCCUGCAGUACCUUGAGCGCUAUAUCUACCUGAUCCUCUUCAACGCUUACCUCCGUCUGGAAAAGGCCAGCUCCUGGCAGAGGCCCUUCAGCACCUGGAUGAGGGAGGUGGCAUCCAAGGCUGGAGUCUAUGAGAUUCUCAACCAGCUGGGCUUCCCUGAGCUGGAGAGUGUGGAGGACCAGCCUCUGUCAAGGUUGCGUCACCGCUGGCAGGAGCAGAGCCGAGACCUGGAGCCCUCCGCUGCUGGGGACUUCUUGUAGAUCCUCCUCCUGUUCCUCGUCAGGCAGGCUGGGGGUGGUCUAAGGUUCUCUAGAUGGACAGCUCCCAGCUUUCUGGAGAGACUGAAUGGGGUCGGAAACCUUUAGGAAACAGCUUUUUGUAGGAUGUGUAGAUGGCACAGUCAUUCCCUGAAACCAGAGAGAUGUACAAUGGUCCUCUGCAGAGGCCUAGUGCAUGUACCCUGCAGACCAACUGGCAAAUGGCCUCCAGGGACUCACUCCCCAAACUGCCAGUCACCACCGCUGUCUCUUUUUCUCACUAUCUGGCAUCUAACUGCCCAGGCACACAGCAGGCCGGCCAUAUCAGUUUCCUUUCCUUCUUUCCUUUCGCCGUUUCACUCUUAUACCCCAUUUUUUCUGCCUAAGCAGCUGCCUGAGGCAGGUGUCAGUGGCUGGGUGGGUUAAUGUUAAAGGCAGCUUCGUCCGUCUCUAGACUGGAAGAUUGAGGACCACCUGCAUGACCCAGGUUUCCUCUCCUGCCUUUCUUUUCCUCUUUCCUUCUCUAGGCUGGCAGAAGGUAGGAUUUCCAGGCAGCUGGAAGCAUCAGCCCUCCUCUCGCCCCCACUCCCAAAGUGUGUGCAAAGAAUUUGUGAAGACCAAGGAGGCAGUGGAGAGGUAGUUUUCAUUUGUCAGAAACCUAGGUGGAGUAGCUGACAGAAUCAAGGGCAGCUCUUGGGAGGGAGCAGAGGGUGCAACAGGGCCUUGGUGGCUUGUCAGGGCCCCGAUUCCAGGCCACCUUUUCCAGGGUCCCUGAACUGCCUCCCUGGGAGACUGCAGAGCUAGGAGUGGUUCUGUUCACACAGUGGGAAGAGGGACAGAGAGGGCUGGCUGUGUCUGGUGGGCCUUGCUGGGACUGUAGUUUGCUGCAUCCAGGGGCUGAACACCCAGGAGCCUGGAUACCACCUGCCUGGCUCUGUAGGACCAGGGAUGACAACUGAUUGGGUUCAUGCCCCUCAGUGGAAAGACAGAAGGACCUGACAUCUUUUGGCUGUGGUAUUUGGAAAGGAGAGAAGAGGCCAAAGCUGUUCACAUCUACCCGGCAUCAGAACAUAGGGACCCUCUCAGCUGAAUUCUUUUGCAAACUACUGUACAUCUGUUCACAGCUUGUUCUGGUUUGUUUCUUCAUUGCUGUGACAGAAUACCCUGACCACUACCAACUUGGGGAGGAAAGGGUUUAUUCAGCUUACAACUCCCAGGUCAUAGUUCAUCAGGGAGCCCAAGGUAGGAA